AUGAAAGAAUCAAUCAAUUCUCCGAAAGCUCUUUCACGAAAACAAAAAAAGCCUCGCACUCUGACUUUGUGGCCGAAUUUCUUCGAGCAAAAGCCAAGCAUCAAGACACGCCAGAUUGGUAUUUGACAUCGUGGAGUACAUCCAAUAUGCUUGCUGGGAGUGACUCAACAGCGAUUUAUCUUCGAGCAGUGCUAUACUAUCUUCUCAAAAAUCCGCCCACACUUUCCAAACUCCUGUCUGAACUACGAACAUUGGAAGCGAGUCACCAAACUCUAGGACCGAUUACGUGGAAGCAAACACAAAGCCUUACAUAUUUGGAUGCUUGUAUUAAAGAGGCAGGUCGCUUACACCCAGUGAAUAGUACUUUACUAGAGAGAGUCGUUUCAGAGACUGGCCUUGAAGUACAGGGUCACUUUCUCCCUCCGGGCACAGUAGUAGGCAUCAAUCCCUGGGUUUCUCAUCGUGAUCACGAGCUGUUCGGUGCCGAUGCAGACGACUGGCGACCGGAGAGGUGGCUGACUAAUGAGAAGACGCAGCUAGAGUGGGAAAAAUCGACAUUAACCUUUGGUUCCGGAAACAGAAGCUGCAUUGGGAAGCAUAUCGCCAAGUUAGAAAUCUACAAGCUCAUUCCUGAGUUAUUAAAGCAUUUCGAGAUUGCACUAGUACAUCCUGAGCGAGAUUGGACAGUGGAAGGUUUUUGGGUCGCAAAACAGAAGGACAUGAACGUUACUCUCCGGCGGCGAAACGAGUAG